AUGGAGACCCCCAAAGAAGAAUCAGAAACAUUCUUUAUUGAAAUCAAUGCAACCUGUGGAAACAACCUGCAAGGGAAAAAGGCCGACAUCUUCCAGAGCUUUCUGCAGGUUGAGGUGGACAACGUUCUGCUGGGAGAGUCAGAAAACAAGCAGUACGACCCUGAGGAGCAGCGUGUGAACUACGACCUCACCUGCAACUACUCCUGUCGUGAUGACGCUCAGGGUCUCAGUCACAUGGUCAACCACCCAAUCAUAUUGACAGUGAGUGAGUUCCAGCCCGAGGAGAAGAAGGUUGAGGCAAAGAUGGUGGUGCUGGGCCAGGCUGUGGUCGACCUGAUGCCGCUGCUGCAGGGUGAGUGCAGCUUCUCCGUCACUGUCCCAUUGCAUCCAGGGAUCUGCCCCCCCACCCAGGAGUCCAAGCAGUCGACCCUGGACGUGAGUGUCAGUGUGUUGGCUCCAAUUCUGUCUGAGGUUGAACUGUCGACCUCCAACCUGCUGAAGGUCACCCUGGAGACAGCCUACGCCGUCCCUGAGUCCUGGACGCUGCUGUCUAAUGCCGCCCCAACUCCCUCCACAUUCACUGCUGCCCUGGAGGUCCCAAUUAUGGCUAAGAAAAAUAAGGCACUGGUGUUUUGUGAUGGGCAGCUGAAGCCAGGGGGGCAGAGGGAGGUGAGCGGCAGACAGAAGAAGAGGCCCAAUCAGGCCUUACUGGUCCAAGGAAACCACUUCAUGCCUGGAGUUUAUCUCCAUGAAGAGCCCAUCGAGCAGGAGGACGGCGAGCUGAAAGGAUUUGAGGACCUGGAGUUUCGUAAAGAGGCAGAGAGCACGAAGAGCAGGGUGAGCUGGGACUCAGAGAUGUGCUGCCUCCUGAAUGCAAACGGAGCUGCCAGGCUGAGACAGAGGAUCACAGAGAGCAGACUGUGGCCAGUGGAAAUCAUGAGCUCGGUGGCUCCUCAAGCAAAAGCAGGAGGCAAGCAGCCGGCUGAGGAGACCUCAGAGAUCCUCUCCCACUGUGUGGCAUUUGUGGAUAUGGGGCGGCUGCUGUAUCCCGGUAUCAGCCGAAUCCGAGGAGCGUACAGUGUCCAUGCCUUCUCCGAGGCCGAGUUGCUGAACAAGGCCAAGAGGAGUCACAGUGUCUUAAAGGAACUGGAGAAAGCUGCAUCCAAACAGAUGAAAGCUCAUGCCAGCGCCGCUGCCAGCGCGAACAAGGGAAAGCCAGGGAAGAAUACGGAUGGAGCACAGAAGGGAGUCAAGGAAUCAAAGGAUCCACCCAAAAAGCAACCUGCCAAUCCGGUCAAGGCGGCUCCAGCCGAGAACGACAGCCCGACCGAGACGGAGCCGAACGGCCACACAGACCAAGAUACGUAUUCUGAAUCAAGAACCUACCUCAUCAUUGAGAUAUCCUUGGAGAAACCACUGGUGCCCGUAACCUCUCCAGAGGAGCUGGCCAGAAGGGUGAAGGUAUUGAUCCCACCCAGACCUCCACCUGUAGAUGGUCCUCGCAAAGCAGCAGAGGCUGUGGCGGAGUUCCACAGGCAGGUGGGCAGCGUGGUGACCCAAGUUUCAGACCAGUAUCGGGAAUUAUUUGGAGGAGCAUGCGAGCCGUCAGAAGACAGCAAACCGGAGCAAGUGGCAGUUCAGCUGAUGGGAGCGCUCAAUGUCUCUGGGAGAUACUUUUCCUUCAAGGAGCAGAUGAAGCAUGCAGUGGUGAGGCUUGUACGUGACAAGAUGGCGAAGACAGAUCCAAUCACUGACCCUCAGGAUCUGAAGGCUUUCGUUAGUAAGCUCUACGUCUAUCUGCAGGAUGAGAUGCACAUCGCCCUCAACAAGAUUUAUUCAGAAGCUGUUGAUGACGAUUCCAAGGAUGAAUUCCAGUUGAGUUCCUCUCAGCUCAGACAUUUUGCAAAGGAAGCUCAAGUGACUGGGGAUUAUGAGGAGGCUGCUCAUUACUGCCACGAGCUCGUGGUGAGGAACCCCGAUGAGCCCUCCCACAGAUUUGAGUGGGGGGGUCUCUGCAUGCUGACUGGAGACCACAUGAAGGCUAAAGAGUGUUACCAUGAUGCGGUAUCCAUCCAGCAGACACAUCAGCCCAGCCUUAUGAUGUGUGGCGUGAUGGAAGCAACGUAUGAACGUUACACGGAGGCUCAGACCUUCCUGGAGCAGGCCACGGACAUAAAACCCCCCAGUGUGGUGGGCUGGACGCUGCUGGGUUUCCUCCAUGAGUGGCAGAAUGAACCCAUCCUGGCUCAGAGGGCUUUUUUGGAGGCCAAAAAGCACCUGAUUGCAGUCAUAGAAAAGAAGCAACCACAAGCCGCGGAGCUGAAAAAGAAACGAAAAAGCCAUAAAACCAAGCAUGUGGAGGAGGUGAACACAGCCGCUCCUGUGUGUCAGACUCCUGAUGUAAAUCCAGAUCCAGAGCAUGUUAACCACAACCCAGAGAGGCACAGAGAGUCUUCUGCAAAAAAGCCCAUCAACAGUUCUGACUCAGAAUGUUCCACCACCAUUUACAUAGAGGCUGUCAAGUUCCUGCUGAGGAACAAUGCACUGCAGAUGGCAGGGCAUGCUCUGUCCCAGGAGCUCCUGUGUUCAGACAGAGGUCAGAGCGCCUCCUACCUCCUUCAUCUGGCCCAGCUGCAGCUGCUCAAAGCUGACUACUGCAGUGCUGCUGCCACCCUCAAGAAGGCACUGCUUCAAAGAGAUAAGGUUUGUCUCCCCUGUGAGCAGGAUGCAGACAUAUGGGCUCUGAACGGUCACUGCCACUUCCUGCAAGGGGCCUUCAGGGACGCCCAGGAGAGCUAUGAGCGGAGCCUGCACUUACCACAGCAGCCGUCCGACUCUCACCCUGUUCUCCUCCGCUCGGGAUCCAUCUACCUCCUGCAUAAGAUGUUUGAAAAAGCCAAAGAAGUCUACCAGCGGGCUUGUGAACAGUCGCCCUCCUGCCUGACGUGGCUGGGUCUGGGCACCGCCUUUUACCGGUUGGAGAAUCUGUCUACAGCCGAGGAGGCUUUGACAAAGGCCAACCAUUUAAACAACCAGAAUGCAGAGGUGUGGGCCUACCUGUCUCUUAUUUGCCUCAGGACCGGCAGACAAGAGGAAGCAGAGCAGUUUUAUAAGUUUGCAGUGAGGUUUAAACUGCAGAAGACGUUUCUCCUCACUGAGUUCAAUGAGCUGAAGAAUCAGCUCCGCCUCAGUCGCCUGGUGCUACGAUGCUCCUCCUCCUUCCUGGAUGGGAGUGGAGUCAAAUAUCUGGAUUGGAGCGGCUUCCACCCCAAGCCUCCAAUCAUCAGGAAGAAUCACCAAGGGAUGGCAGUAUGA